AUGGUCGCCUCCCGUGGAAUGGGGAACUGGGAAGUUCUUCUUAAACAUGGGAUCCUUGGCUUCCUCUUGAUCUCAUCCUUCGUCUUUGGUGUUAUUGGUCAAGUCACAAGCCCAACGGAAGCAAUGGGACCUCAAGGUCCUCGUGGUGAUCCAGGUCCAGUGGGUCCUGAAGGCGCGGUUGGACCUCCUGGUCCUCCCGGUCCAAUGGGACCGCCUGGUACCGAUGGUGCUCCUGGUGGACAGGGUCCCCAAGGUCCUCGUGGUCCUCCUGGAAGGAACGGUCGCGAUGGUCUACCCGGUGUUCCUGGUCCUCCAGGUCCUCAGGGUCUUCCCGGCAUGCCUGGUGAGCCCGGUGCUACUGGCCCUCCUGGUCGACAGGGCUAUCAGGGCCCGCCUGGUGACAAGGGUGACUCUGGUUUCGAUGGUAUGGUUGGGUCUCCUGGUCCAAUGGGUCCUCCUGGCCCAGCGGGUCCUAUGGGUCCCGUUGGUCAAAUCGGUCCAACUGGCUACCAAGGUUCCAUCGGUCCCCGCGGUGAAUCCGGAGCCGACGGACGUCCAGGCCUACCAGGACCUCAAGGUCCUGUCGGUCCCCCGGGUCCUCCUGGUAUCUCUGGCUUGAUUGGUCAAAAGGGUCAACGCGGCGAAACUGGUCCUCGUGGUGCUCGUGGAAAUCGUGGACCCACUGGUCCACCGGGAAGCGAUGGGCCUGCCGGUGAACCUGGACCCGUGGUAUGUUGGCCUUUCACAUUUUAA